GUUAGGUUAUGUUUGAAAUCACUUUCCCGCGCAUUUUUGCCGUGGUCCAUUUUUGUUAUUCUUGAUUUUUUCGUGUUAAGUCGUUAAAAAUGGAUGUAGCCAACGUCCAAGUCGGUCAGAGACAACACCAAGACGAAAUCGGCGUCAGGUGCCAGAAACUAUUCCAGGAUUUUUUAGAAGAAUUUAAAGAGGAUGAUGAAAUCAAGUAUUUGGAGCCGGCUAAGGAGCUCCUCAACCAAGAACGCAGCAUUAUUGAAGUCAGUUUUGAAGAUUUGGAAAAAUAUAAUCAAAACCUUGCAACAACCGUUAUUGAGGAGUAUUACAGGAUUUACCCUUAUCUGUGUCAAGCCGUCUCUAAUUUUGUCAAAGACCGCAGUGAUUUGAAGAAAGAUAAAGAGUGUUACAUUAGUUUUGUUGAUGUCCCUACUAGACACAAAGUCCGGGAAUUGAAAACUGAGAAAGUUGGGACUUUGAUCAGAAUCUCAGGACAAGUUAUUAGAACUCAUCCUGUACAUCCUGAGCUGAUUUCGGGGACUUUUGUUUGUUUGGAUUGUCAGACUGUUAUUAAAGACGUUGAGCAACAAUUUAAGUUUACUAAUCCAACGAUUUGUCGUAAUCCAGUCUGCAACAACAGGAGACGUUUUAUGUUAGAUGUGGACAAGUCCCUAUUUGUCGACUUCCAGAAAGUCAGGAUACAGGAGACUCAAGCCGAGUUGCCGAGGGGCUGCAUUCCAAGGUGUGUGGAGGUGAUUUUGAGGGCCGAAAAUGUGGAGACAGUCCAGGCCGGCGACCGUUAUGACUUCACUGGGACUCUUAUCGUGGUUCCUGACGUGGGGGCCAUGUCCCUCCCUGGGGCGAAGACCCAGAUCAGCUCGCGUCACAAAGGCGGUGAUGAAGCCGAAGGGGUUAGAGGUCUUAAAGCGCUAGGAGUGCGUGAUCUCCACUACAGGAUGGCGUUCCUCGCCUGCAGUGUGCAACCCACUAACCCCAAAUUUGGGGGCAUUGAGAUGCCCCUCAAUGAGAUUACCCCCGAAAUUAUGCGUCAGCAGAUGACUGAGGGCGAGUGGAAUCAUAUGUAUGAGAUGAGCCACGACAGGAAUCUGUAUCAGAAUCUCAUCAAUAGUUUGUUUCCGAGUAUUCAUGGGAAUGAGGAGGUCAAAAGGGGGAUACUUUUGAUGCUAUUUGGGGGAGUGUCGAAAACGACAGUCGAAGGGACAACCCUUCGAGGCGACAUCAACUGCUGUAUUGUGGGCGACCCCAGCACCGCCAAAUCCCAAUUCCUGAAACAAGUUUCGGAAUUUUCGCCCCGUUCUGUCUACACUUCGGGCAAAGCCUCCUCGGCCGCAGGUCUCACCGCUGCUGUGGUCCGCGACGAAGAAUCAUCCGAUUUCGUGAUUGAAGCCGGUGCUCUGAUGCUUGCCGAUAAUGGAGUUUGCUGUAUUGACGAAUUUGACAAAAUGGACCCACGUGACCAAAUCGCCAUCCACGAAGCAAUGGAACAGCAAACAAUUUCAAUUGCCAAAGCGGGAGUAAGGGCGACUCUGAACGCCCGGACUUCAAUCCUAGCUGCAGCUAAUCCUAUUGGAGGGCGCUACGAUCGGGCCAAAUCCCUCCAACAGAACAUCGCAUUAAGUGCCCCUAUUAUGUCACGAUUUGAUCUAUUUUUUAUCCUAGUUGAUGAGUGCAACGAGGUGAUUGAUUAUGCAAUUGCGAGGAAAAUUGUAGAUUUGCAUAGCAAUGUGGAGGAGUCGCUUGAUCGGAUUUACUCGAAGGAGGAAGUGUUGCAGUAUAUUUCUUUUGUUCGGAGAUUUAAACCAAUCAUAAAUCCCGAAGCUGCUGAGUUACUUGUUAGACAUUACAACCAUUUGAGGUUGAGGGAUACUACAACUAGUGGUAAAUCAACAUGGCGGAUUACAGUACGCCAACUCGAAAGUAUGAUCCGAUUGGCCGAAGCAAUGGCCAAGAUGGAGAUUUCGGACGAAGUCCAACCCAAACACGUCAAAGAGGCUUACCGACUACUCAACAAGUCCAUAAUCAGAGUUGAACAACCUGACAUACACCUCGACGAAGACACAGACCAGCCAAUGAUGAUCGAUGAUUCGGAAAGCACGACUCAGGAAACUGAGCCACAACCAACCAAGAAGAAGUUGCAACUCAGUUUCGAGGAUUAUAAAAUCUUGAGUAACAAAAUCGUGGUUUAUAUGAGACGGGAGGAGGCUAGGAGAGAUGAGGAGAACGAGGAGGGGAUCAGGAGGAGUGAUUUGGUGGAGUGGUACUUGAAUUUGAUCGCGGAAGACAUCGAGUCGGAGGAGGAGUUGUUGGAGAAGAAGGAGUUGAUUGAGAAAGUCAUAGAUCGGUUGAUUUAUCACGAUCAAGUCAUCAUUCCAUUGACGAGGACGGGACUUGGGAGGGAUCAGCAGGAGGAGGAGGAUGCCAUGUUGGUGGUUCAUCCCAAUUAUAUUAUCGAUUGAGUUGUGUACAAAAUUAUUUUUUUAAUAAAAGUUAAGCACUA